CUUAAGCUGAUAAACAAACUUGCACGAGGUGUGUCUGCAUUCUGUCCGGUUUUUGACUGGUUUAUUGUGAUUUUACACCUUUGCUAUGGAAGAAAUGCAGAAAAAGCUCAACUCUGAACUCGAAGCUCUUAAAAAGCUACAGAAAGAGUACCAAAAGUCUAUGAACGCCCACCAACAACUGGACGCCCAGCUUGGGGAAAAUAAAGUUGUGAAAGAGGAAUUAGACCUUUUGAAGCCAAGCAACACAGUCUACAAACUGAUGGGCCCUGUCCUUGUGAAGCAGGACAUCGAGGAAGCAAAGAUGAAUGUAGACAAACGAAUUAAGUACAUUUCCUCUGAAGUGGAGAGACAAAACAAGAUGUUGGCUGAUCAAGAAGAAAAAAUGCAGGCAACCAAGGACAAUUUGACAAAAGCUCAGGCCCAGAUGCAGCAGAUCCAGAAGGCGAUCCAAGGCCAAGCAUAAGAUUUUCCAGACACCUCUUCCUUUAAGUUUCAUAUUUUGCUUUUAACUUUCAACUCACCUUGGCAGCAUUCAGUCCAGAAGCUGAGCUCUAUCUGAGGCACCUCCUCGCAAGUCACCAGGCCCGACCUUUGCAUCAUUGGUAGCGUGAACACAUCCCUGGUCACCCGGUCGAUUGAAUCUCCGUUGUUGCAUAGCACAGCCGCCAGGGACGUCUGCCGGAUCUGCGUCAACUGCGCUGGAGAGAAAACGGCUGGGUCCUCGUACCAAAAUCUGCCAAAAUUCCAGCUUUAAAUUGUGCUAAGUGCUUCAUUGCAAAUUUUCACCUGUCUCCAUCGCGGAGUCUGCGGAACUGGUCAACCAAGAUGCACUGGAAGGUAGGACCGACCUUUCCACCCUCCACCUGAUCCUCCAGGAUGCCUCCAACCCACAAAUCAAUGUUUCCUAUGAACGAUUUCAUUUAAAAUACUCUUUCUGUUUCUACUAAGUGGACUUAAUUUAUGUUGCAAAUAAAAGCUGGAUUACUAA